UGCGGUAUCCAAUCAGCUCACAAUAGCAGCUGCGGCGCAACCUCCUUCUGUUCGCUGGCGACCCGCCCUGCUAGGCAUGUCAUGUUGCGACGCGGUUUUGUGAACGGGAGAACGAUACACCUCGAAUUGGGAUAUUUUGGUUUUUAUUUUGUUCUAACAUAUAAUUUGUAUCCUUUUAUUUGCUUGGAUUCAUAUAAAAAUCGCUAGGAUGGGCUGCGCCGGUUUCACCUGCUCCAAGCACUCCCUCUGCGCGCUCAAUAUCCUCUAUGUUAUGGUGAGUCUGCUGAUGAUCGGCAUCGCGGCAUGGGGGAAGUGGUUUGGCCUCGUGUCCAGCUUCCAGGUGGUGGGCGGAGUCAUCGGGGUGGGCGUGUUCUUGUUCUUUGUGGCGUUAGUGGGCCUCAUUGGAGCGAUGAAGCACCACCAGGUCCUCCUGUUCUUUUAUAUGAUCAUUCUCUUCAUGGUGUUUAUCGUCCAGUUCUCCGUCUCUUGCGCCUGCUUGGCCAUCAACAAAGAACAGCAGGAACACCUUUUGGAGGUGGGAUGGAAUAACUCUCACACAACCCAGGGAGACGUGGAGAAAAGUCUCAACUGCUGUGGCUUCCGACAGGUUGACCAGAAUGGAACAUGCAGCGCUGCCUGUUUCCACAACCUCUCCUGUCAGCCGUGUGCCCAGCAGAUCCAGGAACAUGCAGGGGAGGUUCUUCGCUUUGUGGGUGGGAUCGGCCUCUUCUUCAGCUUCACUGAGAUCUUGGGGGUGUGGCUAACGUACCGCUACAGGAACCAGAAAGACCCUCGAGCAAAUCCCAGUGCAUUCCUGUAACCACUGGCAACUGCCUAGCUCUGUGCCCUGUCCUGGGAGUGGCCAACUCUCCCCCUGGAGAGCUGCUGGGCGUGCAGGCUUUUGCUCCUGCCCUCCCUUUAUCUGUAACACUAAACAAAUUAGCUGCUCAUCUGGACCUUGCUCAGCUAAAUCAGUUGUUGGCUGAAGCAGGGCCGGAGCACAAGCCUGCACCUCCAGGAAGCUGUUCAGAUGGAGGAGGCUUGGCUAUCCUUUUAGGGGCUGUGUCUGUAAAUAUUCUUGUGAUGUGUGUGUGUGUGUGUGUGUGUGUUUUCACCAGCUGAGCGAAGUGGCAGGACUUUGUGCGGUGCUACAGGUAUUGAUUGCUUUGUUUGGAAAAUGACUGUCGUAUUUUAGUGGGCACCAGACGAAAGAAAAGUGAUGCGACCAAGCGGAGCCACUCUAUCCUCACAGAUCCAAUAAGAGACUCAUUUACCUUCUUAGAGGACAAAUGAAAAGUGAUCGUUCACGUGCUUUGUACACAACAGGGGUCCAGACUUCCAGGGAUCGAAAUGAACAUGACCUUGCUGCAUAUUCAAGACGCCGCGUGAGCAUGUAAACCUAAUGGGACACAGAGCGCUCCCAGUCAGAGACAUGACCUGUGUAGCUUUUACAUAAACGGCUCACGUGGCUCUGCUCCCUGUCACACAUCUAAAGAAAUCCUAGUUGUCAGAUGACGCUGUGACGACCGUAGUUCCGGUUUGUAAGAGAGGCCUGUCACAUGAUCAGCGGCAUGCCGGGCUUGGGCCAGAAGGUUCGGGGUGGAGCCUGUUACAUACCAAACAUUGGAUAUUUAAAAUCCACCCCAUUGACGAGAGAGGUUCACUAUGUCACCUGGAAUGGUAACUAUGUCACCACUGAAUGACGCCGGUAUUUCAGACAAUGACAUGAUGAGAAUUAGUAUUUCUUUUUGUGUGCAAGAAAAUUGUCAGAUAAUUAGUAGUUAUGAUUUGGGCGAUGUUUGAUGUGUGUGAUGUUAGGUCGGCCUGUGUCUGCUGCAUGUCUCCUCUGGCACUAACACCCGGAUGGUUCUGUGAACUGUGCACCUCAGCCUUUGUAUAACAAAUCACAAUAAAAUGGCAACGUUCAAAUAUG